GUCAUUUAAUGACGUACUGCAACGUCGCACAUACGGGUCAGAGGGAAGAAGCAUGGCCGCUGUGUUGAGAGGGUCUCGUUACCUUGUUGGAAGGUGCUACAGACAUGUCGACUCUAUGUUUGUCUCCACAAGGUCUAUGGCCUCAAAGACACAGGUGGGAUUUAUUGGCCUGGGCAACAUGGGAAACCCAAUGGCAAAGAACUUGCUGAAGCAUGGAUAUCCAGUCAUUGCUUCAGAUGUGUUUCCAGAGGCCUGCAAGGAACUGCAAGACAUGGGAGCUCAGAUUGUGGAUAACCCUGGUGAGGUAGCAGACAAGGCUGACCGCAUUAUCACAAUGCUGCCCUCCAGUCCGAAUGUCAUUGAUGUGUACACAGGACCUAAUGGCAUUCUCAAAAAAGUAAAGAAAGGCUCCCUCCUCAUUGACUCCAGCACCAUCGACCCUGCUGUGUCAAAGGAGAUGGCGGCUGCUGCAGAGAAGAUGGGGGCAGUUUUUAUGGAUGCACCUGUAUCGGGAGGUGUGGGUGCUGCCAGCUCGGGUAAACUGACUUUUAUGGUUGGAGGAGCAGAGCAGGAGUUUACUGCAGCCCAAGAACUACUCAGCUGCAUGGGAACAAAUGUGGUGUACUGCGGUCAAGUUGGAACUGGACAAGCUGCCAAAAUAUGUAACAAUAUGCUUUUAGCCAUUGGAAUGAUUGGUACUUCAGAGACAAUGAACUUGGGAAUCAGACUUGGUCUUGAUCCUAAACUUUUAUCCAAAAUCCUGAAUAUGAGUUCCGGUCGAUGCUGGUCUAGUGACACUUACAACCCUGUGCCUGGAGUUAUGGAUGGAGUUCCCUCAGGGAAUAACUACCAGGGAGGCUUUGGCACCCAGCUGAUGGCUAAGGACCUGGGCCUUGCACAGAGCACGGCCACAAACACUAAGACUGCUGUGCCCCUCGGCUCCUUAGCCCAUCAGAUCUACCGCAUGAUGUGUGCACGUGGUUAUGCCAGUAAAGAUUUCUCCUCUGUUUUCCAGUUCCUGAGGGAGGAGGAAGGCCAAUAAUGUCAGCCUUCGCCCCGUCCACUGCCUUACCAGGCCCGGCCCUGCACAGGACUUACAUGCAGUCUACUUUGGGUGCAUUUCAUCUUGAUGACUUCCUUUCUUUUCUCUCUCUCUCUCUUUUUCCUUUUUCUUUUUUUUCAAACUUUUGAGACCUCCAAGCAGCUUGGCACAUACUGUGAGCCCUUCUCUCCUGUCGGAAGUCAUGUUUCCUAUGUGAUCUACCCUUUUUAAAAUGAAACACUCCUCUCCCUUUUAUAAGCAAGUCAAUUGUCAGAUGUAAGGUUGUGGAUUCACAGGAUUUGAGGUCAGGCAGUGGCAGAUUUGGAGACCGCUUUGCUGAAACUGCUUAGAGUGUUGGGGAAAUUGUGUGUCAUCAUUAUAUGUGUUUGUUAAGGCUCAGCGUUGUUCAGCUGGUAACAUGUUACAUUACAGUUUAGUAACAACAUGGUAAUUGUGUGGUCAUCUCAUGAUCUAUCUGAAUUCUGAUAUGAAAUAUUGGUAAUAAUGGAGUGAGUUUAAAGAAUGUUUCAGUAAUAAUGCUAUUUUAAAGUUAUUAAAUUGGUAAGUAUAAUCACUAUAGGUUACCAUUAGUGUGAUGCCUUCACAAGUGUGUGACCACGUGUAUCCAGUCUGUGCAGCAAACAUAUGAACAGUAUUGCAUACAACAUGGAGGAUGAAUUUCAACUCUAUGACACGAUAAUUACAAGUGUAUUACCUUGAUGACUAGAAAUAACGUUAAUAUCUCCUCAUUACAACACUAACACGUUGUCAUUACCAUACAAAGAUAAUGCCAUCAUGUUAUUUGUGAACUAUAUCUAUUGUUUGAGGAAAAUGUCUUUAUUUGUUCUGCUUUUCUGUUUCUUGGCGAUUGUGUCUCUUCACAUUUGAACUGGUUACUGUGGAAUUGAGUGUCAUAUGAAAUCAUUAUGUUAGGAAAUAAAGACAAGUGAAGAGGUGAAGAA